CUUUUGCGUGAAGAUUAUUGUUUAUGUUCAAGCAAAAGUGAAAAAAAAAAGAUGGGUUCCAUUGAUGAAGAAGUGUCAUUGCUAGAAGUUGAAGAAUCUCUUGUACAGGAAGAGUUGAAAUUGUAUGCUGAAGAUGGUUCAAUAGAUAUUCGUGGAAACCCACCAUUAAAGCAGAAAACAGGAAACUGGAAAGCUUGUCCAUUCAUUUUUGCCAAUGAAUGCUGCGAACGAUUGGCUUAUUAUGGCAUUGCCAAGAAUCUAAUCACUUACUUCACAAAUGAAUUGCAUGAGACAAAUGUUGCUGCCGCUAGACACGUCAUGACAUGGCAAGGGACAUGUUACAUCACUCCUCUAGCUGGAGCUUUAAUAGCUGAUUCUUAUUGGGGAAGAUACUGGACUAUUGUUUGUUUCUCUGCCAUUUACUUUAUCGGAUUGGUUGUAUUGACUCUCUCAGCUUCAGUUCCUGGUCUGAAGCCAGAGGAAUGUAUUGGCUCUCUUUGCCCACCAGCAACAACGGUUCAGUCCACCUUUUUAUUUUCAGGGCUUUACCUUAUCGCUCUUGGAACUGGAGGAAUCAAACCAUGUGUCUCAUCCUUUGGUGCUGAUCAGUUUGAUAAGACUGAUCCAAACGAACGAGUCAGAAAAGCUUCCUUCUUUAACUGGUUUUACUUCACCACCAACAUUGGUUCGUUCGUUUCAUCUACUUUUCUAUUUUGGGUUCAAGAAAAUUGCGGAUGGGAAUUAGGAUUCUUGAUACCAACCGUGUUCAUGGGGCUUGCUACCAUAAGUUUCUUCUUUGGCACGCCGCUUUAUAGAUUCCAGAAACCGAGAGGCAGCCCGAUUACUAGAGUCUGCCAAGUUCUUGUAGCCGCAUACCGUAAACCGAAUCUCAAAGUCUCUGAAGAGAACAACACACUUUUGUUUGAAACAUGUGAUAUGAUGAACUCUUCAAAUGAUGGAAACUGCAAGAUUGAGCACACGGACGGUUACAAGUUUCUUGACAAAGCCGCAAUUAUAUUAAAAGAAGAAGCGAUAGCUGAACCUUUCAUCGAUCCGUGGAAGCUCUGUACCGUGACUCAAGUCGAAGAAGUUAAGAUUCUGUUACGUUUGUUCCCUAUUUGGGCCUCAGGCAUCAUCUUCUCAGUCCUCCAUUCACAGAUUUACACUCUCUUUGUUCAACAAGGACGGUCCAUGAAGCGAAACAUCGGGUCAUUCGAGAUCCCUCCAGCUACUCUCGGGAUGUUCGACACAGCAAGUGUCCUUGUAUUUGUCCCAAUCUAUGACCGCCUCAUUGUUCCCUUUGUGAGACGUUUCACAGGCUUAGCAAAGGGAUUCACUGAGCUACAACGAAUGGGGAUUGGACUCUUUGUCUCUGUCUUGAGCUUGACAUCUGCAGCUAUAGUUGAGACGGUUCGGUUACAGUUAGCCAGAGAUCUUGAUCUAGUGGGAAGUGGAGACACGGUUCCAUUAACCAUCUUUUGGCAAAUCCCUCAGUACUUCCUUAUGGGCACUGCUGGAGUUUUUUUCUUCGUUGGUCGGAUAGAGUUUUUCUAUGAGCAGUCUCCAGAUUCAAUGAGAAGCUUGUGUAGUGCUUGGGUUCUUCUCACUUCCACACUAGGGAACUACUCGAGCUCGAUGAUCAUUACCCUUGUGGCGUAUUUGAGCGGCAAAGAUAGUUGGAUUCCUUCAGACAACAUUAACAAAGGCCAUCUUGACUACUUCUUCUGGCUUUUGGUUUGUCUUGGAUGUGUUAACAUACCUGUUUUUAUCUUCUUCUCUGUGAAGUACACUCACAAGAAGGUUUGAUACUCUUCUUUCAAAAUAUUUGUCAAGCACAAAACAUUAUGUGGACCUUAAUAACCUUUGUGUUACAAAUUGAAACACUAUGUGUCUAACAAUAAAAGCGUGAAGAUAGUCAUGA